AUGAAUGAUGAUGGUGUCUCGUGUUCUAACUCUCGCCGUAUAGAGGCAAUUAAAGAGCAUGGAACUCUUAAUAGUGAUGGUUACAGUAGCAUACCUUACGGUGUAUUGUUUGUAAAGACGGAACAUACCUUGGAAGCCCUCAACGGUACCCUUCGCUCUGCCAAACGUCAGAAGAAGGUCGCGUUCAAUGCAGAACUACUCAUGAUGCCGAGAGACAAGGACGUUGAAGUUGUCUGGCUCGAGAAAUAA